AUUUUGAUUUAGAACAAUCAUCCGAGGCAUCCAAUGGGUAAGGAAAUCAACGUGAACCUCGCUAACUACAUGGGCAAAGUGGUUACUGUGAAGCUCAAUGGAAACCGCAUCGUCGAAGGAGUACUCCGUGGAUAUGACCAGAUGAUGAACAUUGUUCUGGAAGAUGUGUACGAAGUGGUGAAUGAGAACGAGAAGCAAGAAAUGGGAAGAGUUGUAAUCCGUGGGAACGGCAUCAUUCAGAUGGACUGCCAGACGACUAGUCAUUAAUAAACAAU